UAGCCUCUUAUUUCCAAAGGUGCCUUAGUAUUCUCAGGUGUUAGUUCUUAGUACAAAGGUACUUGCAAUGAAAGGAUCAAGCUUAAGACUUCUCUGAAUCUAUGUUCUACAUCUCUGUUAAUGGCCUUCCUGGUGUUAGAUAUUUGUUUAAUGAUCAAUAGUGGUUUCCAGUCCUACCACUGUGUUUUUCAUAAAGUAGCAUAACGAAGUCAAUGUUUAACUGGAUUCUUUGGGUCUGAAAUGGCAAACCAGGAGUUGAAGGGACAUCUCCAUAGAAACCAGCCUCCCAGGAAGUGGCCAGAGAGGUUAGUGUGUACUGAAACAGAACUAGAAAGAUGUCAUGAAGGAAAGGACUGCUUUAUAAAGCUGGGGUAAACUUCUGAAAUACCUUGAUUAAAACAAGCUACAUGAAAGGCCCACAAACCACUUUUCCCUCAUGGUUUUCCUCUAAAUGUCUUUCACGUGAAAUGGGCCUGAGCCACUCUAAGGCUCACCCUAGGGUGACCAAAGUAGCACCUUUGCAAAACAAAGAGGAAGAGACUCCCUUGGCUGGCCCUGUGGACGUCACAUUCAAUCAGAAUCUGCAAGAAAAGACUUCAUAUUCGUUGGCAAGGCUGCAGGACCAGAAUAAAGCUUUGGAAGGGCAGCUGCCACCUCUUCGAGAAACCCAGUAUGGAAGAUAUUUUGCAGCAUCCAGGGCCAUGUAUUUUGACAUCCCACUGGAACAGGGAGAAACAAGUAUUAUUAAAAGGCAUCCACCCCAAAGACUUCAAGUAAGAUGAAUUUAAAAGGCUUCAUAAGGAAUUUCUUGGAUAUAAUGAAGCUCGAACCCAUUGACUUGCCACAAGUAAUUACUUCUGAAAGGCUUCUGAGCCAGCGAGGAGCUGGGACAAAGCACAAAGCCAAGGAACUGGAAAAGAAAAUGCAAAUGCCAAUGUAUACUUCUGGGAAAAGGCAAUAUUUGCAUAAGAUGCAAAUGCUGGAAAUGAACCGUAAAAGACAAGAGGCCCAAAUGGAGUUGAAGAAAAGUCUUCACAGGGAAGCAAGAAUGAAUAACCAAAAACUGAGGGACCCUAAAGCCAAGAAAAUCCUUCAAAGCAUCCCAAGGAAUAAUGACCAUGACCUUCUAACCAUAUUGCCUGAUGAAACCUUGAAUAGAAGUCCCGGAAAUUCACAAAAUGCAGAAGUUUUAGAACAUCAUGCAAUGAAUGACUACUGUUCCCGGAAAAUUGGCAAAAUGGAAACAUGGCUCCGUGCACAAGAGGCCCAGGGACAGUUUCUUUGGGACAGUUCUAGCUCUGACUCAGAUGAGUUGGGGAAAGAUGAGAAGAAACCACGAGCACUGGUGAGGACAAGAACAGAAAGAAUCCCAGUUUUUGAUGAGUUUUUUGAUCAAGAAUAAUAAUGCUAUUAUAAGAAUACUAUUCACUACCCU